GCCGCGAUUCGUCGCUCCGCCAGGCGGAGCGCGUCCCCGCCGGCUUGCCGCGCGGGGAGGCGGGCCGGGGGCCGGCCGAGAUGGGAGAGAGCGUGUCCAAGAGGCUGAAGCUGCAACUGGGCGGCGAGGCGGAGAUGGAGGAGCGGGCUUUCGCCAACCCCUACCCCGACUACCAGCCCCAGGGAGCCGCGGCAGCCCACGGCGCGGCGGAGGCCCAGCGGGAUCGGGCGCUGCUGCCGCCGGCGGCGGAGGACGCCCUCCCCUUCGGCGCGGACGGGAAGGUCAGUGCUCAGUUCACAAAACGGAUCCAGACAAAAAUCAAGGACCUUCUGCAGCAAAUGGAGGAAGGGCUGAAGACAGCAGAUCCUCACGACUGCUCUGCCUAUACCGGCUGGACUGGCAUUGCCCUCUUGUAUCUCCAACUGUACCGUGUCACAAAGAACCAAAGCCAUUUGCAGCGAUCUCUCGAUUAUGUGAAGAGAAUCCUUCGCAAUCUGAAUGGCAGACGAGUUACUUUUCUCUGUGGUGAUGCUGGGCCGCUGGCAGUGGGUGCAGUAGUUUAUCACAUGCUGAAAAAUGAAAGUGAAUCUAAGGAAUGUGUUGCUAGGCUGUUGCAGCUGCAAAGGACAGUCAUAAGCAUGGAUGCUGAACUUCCAGAUGAGCUGCUUUAUGGCAGAGCUGGUUACCUGUAUGCCUUGCUCUACCUGAAUACAGAAAUUGCUUCAGACACUGUUCCACAGUCCAUUAUCAAAGAGGUAAUAGAUGCCAUUAUUGAAUCAGGGAAAAACUUCUCGAAGGAGGAACGUAAAACAGAGCGUUGUCCUCUGUUAUAUCAGUGGCACAGGAAGCAGUACGUUGGAGCGGCCCACGGCGUGGCUGGGAUCUAUUACAUGCUAAUGCAGCCAAUUGCAAAUGUGGAUCAGGAGACCCUGACAGAGUUGGUGAAGCCAAGCAUUGACUAUGUGCGCCAUAAAAAAUUCAGAUCUGGGAAUUACCCAUCGUCGCUGAGCAAUGAGACUGACAGAUUGGUUCACUGGUGCCAUGGUGCCCCUGGAGUCAUCCACAUGCUCAUGCAAGCUUAUAAGACUUUUAAAGAGGACAAGUACUUGAAAGAUGCUAUGGAGUGUAGUGAUGUCAUCUGGCAAAGAGGUUUAUUGAGAAAAGGCUACGGGAUCUGCCAUGGUACUGCUGGCAAUGGCUACUCCUUCUUGUCUCUCUAUAACCUAACUCAGGACAAAAAGUACCUCUACCGAGCUUGCAAGUUUGCUGAAUGGUGUUUGGAAUAUGGUGCACAUGGAUGCCGUAUUCCUGACCGUCCUUAUUCUCUUUUUGAAGGUAUGGCUGGAGCUAUUCACUUCCUCUCAGAUAUUUCAGUACCAGAAACUUCCCGGUUUCCAGCGUUUGAACUUGGACCUCAGAGGAGGGAAGACAAAAUGGAACAGGACAGCUAAAGGGUUCUUUCGAAAGUAAACACAUGCCAAAAGAGAUGAGACUGUUUAGUGCCUCUGAUACAGAGCCAACCUAACCCUAAGCUGAUUGAUGGAUAAACCGUUUCUCACUUCUCCUGCCCCAAGGGACAUGAAGUCCUUAGAGCAUGAAUUGAAAGAAGCUACAUUUAAGUUCUGUUGAAGUGACACCUUCACAUGCAGAACGAGAGAAGUCAAGUUUUGCACUUUCUCUCUUUCAUUGUAUUUGUCUUCUUCAGGUCUUUGACAUGACCUGCAUGUUUAUUGGUGUUGUCUGUUGAUUCAAGUCUGUUGUUGUUAGCAAAGAGCUGUUCUCUGUGUGAAGCUCCGUCCUGUACCUUCAUGCAUGACCUGUAACAACAGUGUUGCUUUCUGCAGUGUGGUUAGCCUGAGAGCUCCACUUUAUGCCAGAGAGUUCACUGUAAGAGAGUACUCAGCUUCACUAGUGAGCUGACAACUUCAAAAAGAGAUGGAAAACAUGCUUUUCUUCAUUGCUUUCUACAUUUUUCUCCUCUACAGUCCCUAGGUGAUGGAGAUCAGCCUUGCCUGAUGAAUUGGUAUGAGGCCUUCUCAGUUUUCAGGAGUGUAUCAGGUUAGAUGUGGCCUGUGGCCUGACUUUUCUUUUGCUGUUUUAGGAGCCUUUUUUUUUUUUUUUUUUUCCUUAGAGAGAGAGAGAGGCUGCCUGCACCUGGUUUGUGUGCUAGGGGGAGAUGCUCAUCCCCACCUUUGCAUGUUAGGAGCUUACCAAACUGCAGGCAGAGUCACCUGAAGUAGCCUCCUGCUUCCAACAAGAGAGAAGGGACAGUGUAACUACGCUUUUCCACUGUGGUUCAUGGAUUUGUAGUAAAUCUCUCUUCAACAGCACAUAGCGUACAGGUGAAGUCAGCACUGUAUCUCAUGCUGGAAAAUCAGGAUGACUAUUACUACUGACUCAAGAAGGUGGAUUGUUCCAGGCCCUUCCCUCCCUCUCCUUACCCCAUUGCAUUUAUCCCAUGCUGUGUGACAGAAGUGAUAAAUACCAGCUGCUUGUGGAGGCUGCAGAAGAUCAAUAAGCAAUAUAUAUGCCAUUGCUAAGAGCUGUAAUUGAAGUUUAUUUUGUCUUAAAAUCAAGACAGAAAAAGUGUUUUCUCCUUAGUUUUUGACUGAGUUAUUAGUGCUUUGCUUCCCCCUGCUGUGCGGUGGAGUUGUGGAGUAUUGAGUCUUCUCUCAGCUGUCAAAGUGUGAGUUCUGCCUCCGUGUGCUCAUACAGGGUUCUUUCUCUGGGAGAAGUGGAACAUACUCUUAAGUAUGUACAUCUACAACGUAUUCCUGUUUUCCAGAUAAAGAAGUAUGCAUGCUAUUUGAGAAGGGUAAGAGUGGCAUUCUCUCAUCUGCUCAAAUUCUGUUGUCAUCCUCACCUUCCUCACAGGCCUUGUUGUGUUCUGCCAUCUCAGGUGCUUAUUUUAACCAGUACCUUACAUCAGGUGGAAGUGUGACAGGUGGCUGGGACUCUGACCUUUCAGGUGCCCAUUGGGAUAUCUGCGACCAUGGGCAACUGCUGAAUCCUCAGCGUUUGUGGUCGGGCUUGGAAAUGCAUGCCUGUAUCUGCGUAAAACAGGCAGCAGGUGUCUUCUCUGAACAUUGACCUGUCUGUUGCCAAAUCCGUUGGGGUGCUAAUGUUUUCUGGAUUCAGUUCUGCUAGGCGAUAGCAGCAGUGCCAGUGCUGAGAGAGCUUAAUGUCUGCUUAUUUGUCAGUUAAGACUGGGAGCAGUGAGAGAGACUUUUACGCUCCUCUGAGAGUAGAUCUGCUGGGGGCACUGGGCCCAGAUGCAUCUGUGCAGCCAGGCAAGAGGGAAGAUUCUGAAAGGCAGCAGGGAGGAGGGUACUGCGUGGCAAACAGCUGUGGUGAAGUGACCCUGGUCAAAGAGGCGGAAAGCAGUGGGAUCAGUGAGGGACAGGGAGCUGCUUGUGGGAGGCAGUGUGCAGAAUGUACCAGCUCAAGUGAAAUGCUUUGCUGCAGCGUGCAUGCUGAGGCCUAACUCUGUAUUUUUUUCUGUCAUUGUAUGGUUUACUGCCUGUAAUCCAGGGAGGAAACUAGCUCACAGUGAAGCCUGACAGAAAGCCUAGCAAAAGAAGACGUGGAGGUUAAAAAAAAAAAAAAAAAAAAAAAAAAAAAAGAAGAAAAACACUACCUGAUCCUCUGUUUCACAUCCAUUCCCACCCCUUCGUUCUCCUUCGUCUCCUCUACACCUGUAAAGUGCAUGAGGUGGGCUAACAGGUGGGAUGCAUUCCUCUGCCAGGUCUGCAGGAGCUCCUGCAAACGCAGCACAGAAGCCACCCACCUUCCUGGCAGAUCCAGGCCUGUCUUUCGUGACCAACAAGCUAGGGGCGACAGGGAAAGGCUUUCAUUCAUUUGUUGGGAGCCUUCUUGGCUGCUGUGCUUGGGAUGGCACCUGUGGAAUAUGGUGAUGUUGGCUGGCUGGUAUUCAGGGAGAAUUAAAAUUACUGGCUUGUUUAAAAAAUGUGGGUGCACACGCAUGAACUGCUUAGCAGUGAGUAGAGACCAGAGGUGCAUGAUUGCCACAGUCAAUGGAGUGAGCACGCCCUAUGUGUGCUCCUGCACUGCAGCUCUGCUGUGGGGUGAGGCCCAGCACCAGGUUCUCUGCAGAAUUAUCUUGGAAUUGAGCAAGGCUGGAAGUGUGGUAUAUCACAGAAGGUCUGCGAGUGCCUGUGCUUUGUCUUCCUCACGUGGCUCUCAUGCAGCUCCUCCCUUUUGUUUGUUUCACCUUGUGAUAUCCAGGCAGCUGUUACAAAGUGUAUUGUGUCAAGGGGUGGAAAAAAUACAUUUUAACAAGACACCAUUUUCAGAAAUCUCAUCGAACUAAAACGUGGAAAAUCGCUAAAUAUUCCCUGUUUUGCUUUGUCCAUGUGUAGUAGUCCAUCUGUUGCAAAAAGCCGUAGUGUUAAAAAUGGAGAUGUUCUUUGGGCAGAAAAACGAGGAAAAAAUGCUGAUGUGUUGUUCUUUGGCUUUAUUAGUAAAGAUCAAGUUAUGUGGUGGUAAUCUGUGUGCAGUUCUUUUGUGUGUUGUAUGAUUUCCUUCCCUUCCACAGUGGUCACUGGGAGCGGUUCUCUGCUCAGAUUGCUGAGCUGCUUCCAAUUUCAGAGUCCUGCAGGAUGAAACAGUGGCCAAAGUGUGGGCAGAUCUCUUCUUAACCUUCACUUUUUCUUUACUCAGCUUUACUGAGCUUUUCCCUUUGGUCAGGUCCUGUUGGACAGUUUGCAGCUCGAACUGUAUUUAGGACUGGUGGUUUUUAAGAACAAAUAUAUGAAAUAUCUGUCUUGCUGACAGCUUUAAGAAAGCUUGACAUUUUCCCUUAGCAAGGACUUAACAGAAUUAAACUAAGUAUUCUGCAAGCAAGAGGCAGUAUUUCUACUUUCACAAAGCCAAUUCACGGCCCUCUGCUACCGAGAGCAGCUGCUGCUGCUUUCUCCCCCUCCUUAGGCUCUAGGUACAAACACAAUCUAAAGACAAUCUAAAAACAUUUCCCUCCAUCUUAUGGCAGCUGUUGCCAGGUAAAUGUGGUGGGACUUCCUAAUGCAGCGAGUCAUGGGUUCAAAGUGCUGUUUUCAGGCAGGAAGAACUGAGGUGUGUGAGGGCAGAAGCAGGAGGGCUGCCAGCUGCAGCACAGGCUAUGGCUGAGCAGCACUGCCUGAGCCCUGUGCUGGUGCGGCGCUCAACAAAGCAGCCACUUUCUCCUAGUGGCAUUGCAUUGGCAUUUUCCUGUUUGUUUCACGUUGAUUUACAGGGGCGGGAGUUCUGUCUGCACCCAGUAGAGCAGCUGCAGUUUGCAUCAGUGACCUGUGUUCAACCACUGCUGCUCCUCCACAAAUGUAAAUGUGAAAGUAAAAAGAAGUACUUAGCGCUGCUCACCAGUUCUAUAAGCCAUAUGUAACAUUUCAGUUCGGAAGUAAGUCCCUGUGAUGCUCUUUCCUCAAGCUUUUAUUAUCACCUAAUCGUAAGAGAGAUGUGUCAGGAAAAUGAAUACCACAUUCCAGGUUCUAAGGAUUUUUUUGUUUGACUUCCAAAAAUUCCGUUAUUCCAAAGAGAUGUAAAAUGUCCCCUAUCUUUUUUCAGAGGUUCUGCUCCACUAACUUGUUUAAUAUUUUAAAGAGAUUAUUUAUAAUUUCUUCAUUUACCAUUGGUGCUGUUAGAAAAAUAAAUUCAAAGCUAUUUAAAGAGGAAGAAGUUAAAAUUUCUACUCUAUUUUCAUAGAAUUACAGAAUGUUUUAGGUUGAAAGCAUCCAUACCCCUGUGCUCUGGAUGGGGUGGCAACCACUAAAUCAGACACUAGAACCAACUGGGCCUUCAACGCCUCCAGGGAGGGACAUCCACAAUUCCUUUGGGCAGCCUAUUCCUGCACAUCACCACCCUCUUACUGAACCAUUUCCCCUGACAUCUAACAUAAAUCUCCCUUCUUUUAGUGUAAAACCGUUUCCUCUGGCCUCAUCACUUCUACUAGUGUGGAAGGUUUAUUUCUCCUCCUGUUUAUAAGCUUUUAAAUAUUGAAAGGCCACAGUGAGGUCUCCCUGCAGGCUUCUCCAGGAUUUUCCUCCUCCCCUCUCCUCUCCUUCUCCUCCUCUCCUCCUCCCUUUUUCCUUUUAAGUUCAGCAACAUAUGUUUCUUUCCCAUUUAAAAUGUAUUUUUUCUUAUACGAGUGUUUUGGCUUGAUUUAUAACCAAAAUAGUUAAAGGAAACAGGUUACCAGUUUCAUUAAAGAAGAACUGUUAGGAACACUUCUUCCAAGAUAUAUAUACUAUUGCAUCUGUAAAACCUUGAUCCUUAUACAGCCGUUAGCUGAUUUUUCUCAGUAAAAGUCCUUUGAUCCUGCUCUUUUUCUAUCAAGUAAUAAUGCUACCUGCUACUGGAAGUUUAGUUUCGGACAUGCAGAAUGUAAUUAAGAAACUCUACAUAAUCUCUACGAAAAAAAAGGUAGAUUAGCAUUUCACAUAUUUUCCUUUUAAGAAUAUAUUUUAACAGACAAUAGCAGGAUUCCGAAAGAAUGUCUUUCUAUAUUUUGAAGACGUGAAUAUCAGCAGGUAAUUAAGCUGGAUUCUGAGUAACACUAGCAAGCUGCUAAUGUGCAGGAUGUUUGUCUGGAACUACCUGGGCAUACUGUAAGGAAAAAGAUUGGAAUAAAGGAAAGGUUCAUCUGGAAUCUGUGGGAUUCCAACCUUUACACUUUUUCUUUCAUAGAACUUACUGCAAAAAAAAAAAAAAAGAGCUGCAGGAUCAGGCUCCCAUGGCCUCUUCUUCCCUCACGAAUGUUCGUGUUCUGGGAGAGGAUGAAGUAGUUUUAGAACCCUAGUAUAAUGUACGUAAGUAUGGUGUGUAUCUGAUGUGUUCAUAACAUCCUCUUGUUGCACUAACUCUUUGUAGAGAACUAGGUACAAUCUGAUGUUAGGCAAUUCACUGUUUCUUUUUCCCACUUGGGCUCUUGCAGGGCCCAACUGACAACACCUGGGUUGGAGAGGGAUAAAAAAAUAGAAUACCACUCAUGGGUACAGGGUACAUGGAAAAGGUCUGACGAGUAAGAAAUCUACUGAAAACCCAGGUGUUACAGUGGAUGCCAUACUAAAUGAGAGCCAGCACUGUGCUCACCUCAUGAAUAAGGCAGACCAUACCGUUAGUGCUGGUGAGUCUGCCCCUGGAUUUCUGUGUCCAAAUUUGGGGCUUCUCAUUUCAGAAUGGUUGCUGAUAAACUAGUGUGGAUCCAAAGAGCUGCCAGGAUAACAGCGUGUAAGGGAGAAGGAAGGAGCUGGGCUGGUUCAGUCCAGCAGAGGCAGCUGAGGGGAAGUUUCACAGCAUCACACCUGCUGGUGGGAAGCUCAUCAGCAGCAAUGCACGGUAGUGUAAGAUGGUCUAGCCCAAGGCUAUACCAAGCAGAAACCAAGCAAACAUUUUGUUUGUUUGCUAAAACAUUAAAAAGAGAGAGCAACAAAGCCAUAAAACCAGUGGGAUGUUUGACCUUGUUGUUGUGAAACUAAUGCACUGUCUGGUUCAGUGGCAGUGGCUGCCACUCUUAGUGAGUUCUCAAGGUGUUCAUCAGAGAUUUUUGAUGAAAUUUUACUUUCCCCGUGCUUCAUUCUUAGGAAAAAUUGCUAAGAAAUGUUAUGUACUGCCAAAAGCAAUUAUAUUAGUAAAACAUGACUUGAAGCAGAGGUUGUUUCUUGCUUGUCCGAGAGGGUUUAUGAAGGUCUGGUAAAGAGACACAAUCAGAUCACUGAGUGGAGUAUCUGAUUGUAACUCUAUACAUUCAAUUUGAGAACUUGCAGGUGUAUUUAUGUCAGCAGAAAUUAGUGCCAUGAGGUGGUGCAUUUAGCAACCCAAAACAGAGCUCAAGCUGCCUGCACACCUAUCUUUGGAUAAAGAUUGGACCAAGAAAUGACUGGGGUCAUACUCAAAGAAAUGAGCUAACUCCCAUCCUGGGAGCAGCACCUACAUGCACGUGUCCACCAACACAACCCAUUUCUCCAGCCAAGCAGCACUGAUGAGCAAGAUGAGCAAGUUUGUGGCACUGCUCCCUCCAUACUGCAAGUAACAGAGCUUCACAGCUCAAUGCUGAUGUGCUGUGGUUCUACAGGAAGCACUUCUGCUAUGUGAUGUGGAGGCUCCUACAGGCCCUUCCAGUUAACUCAUGGAAGUUAAAAAUAACACCAAAGAGCAGGGAUUGUCCAGGUGAUGCAGAACACGAGCCAGCACCUGGAAACUCAAAUGAAAACAGUACCAAAAAUGAGACCAGGCCUGUGGCCAUGUCUAAGAAAUUGCGUUUGCUCAUCCUUUAGGAGGAAAUGUGAUGACUGCGUACCUGGAGGCACGAGCUCUUGCCACUGCUUAUGCCCUACUGCAGUCCCACAGGAGGAAGGCUAGCAGAGCCCAGCCACCAUUCAAAUCCUUUGCCAUACUUCACUGAGGCAGACUGCUACAGCAGCACAGGCUUCACCAACAAGCCUCAGGAUGGGCAUACUACAUGCUCAGCCUUCAGCACACCCAGGGUUCUCCUCACUUGAAGCACUUCCCACACCAGCACAACAUACCAGGUGUAAUGAGUUAACUACCAGUGACACCUAUUCUCUGGGAGAUGUUUCACUGGAGGUUUUCCUGCCAACAGGGACUAGGACCCUCCCACGAGGGCCAAAGCAACACGCCUGCCACCCAGCCUCUGUUGGCAGAGGGAGAAGAAACCAGAGAAUGCCACAGAAAAACAAGUGUAUAAAGCUGCCUGCCUCAAAGAAUUUCACAGUUGUGAAGAAUGAACAUUGUCUCUGUCCUCCUUUGUGCACAGGAGAUCACAAUUUUAACUCCACUCAUUAACAAAAAGAACUUCAAAUGCACGCCUCGGUAAAGAGCGAAGAAGAUGAUCAGAGCUACAGCACCAUCUAAACUUACUUUAAUAAAAUCACAGAAUCAUAGAAUCACAAGGUUGGAAAGGACCUACAAGAUCAUCUAGUCCAAGCGUCUUCCCGUCACCAUUAUUACCACAAGCUACUAAACCAUAUCUGCAUCUCCUACAAAGAAUCCUCUCCUACGAAGAAAGGCUGAGGGAGCUUGGUUUGUUCAGUCUGGAGAAGGCUCUGGGGAGAUCUCACUGCAGCCUUCCAGUAACGAAAGGGAGCUUAUAUACAGGAGGGAGAUUGACUUUUUACAUGAGCCACUGUGACUGGACAAGUGGUGGUUUUGAACUAAAAGAGGGGAAAUUUAGGUUUGAUGUUAGGAAGAAGUUUUUUACUCGGAGGGUGGUGAGGCACUAGAACAGGUUGCCUGGAGAUGUUGUGAGUACACCAUCCCUGGAGGUUCAAGGUCAGGUUGGAUCAGAUCUUGGGCAACCUAAUCUAGUGGCUGGCAACCCUGCCCGCAGCAGAGAGGUUGGAAGUGGGUUGUCUUUAAGCUCCCUUCCAAUUCAAACCAUUUUGUGAUUCUAUGAAAAAAAAAAAAAAAAGAAAAAAAGAAAACCUGUCCAAGUUUUACAAGCAAUAAAAGCCUGAGACUGUAGAAAUACCAAGAAAGCCCAUCCUCCAGUCCACCAACCCAGCUUUGAAAAACGUGAAUACUUGAAUACUUUCAUACUGGUGAUAAGACCUCGACCAAAUUUAGAGGUCAUCUCUUUUCUUAUUUCCUCACACUUUUUUUUUUUUUUUUUUUUUUU